UCAGAAAGGUUGCAGUUUAAAACCUUGUGUCGCUCUUCUAAAGUUGCAUAACUCUAGUUUGGAGCUGUAUUGUAAAAACAAUAAUAAUAUUUGCAUUCUAAAGUUAAAUAAAGUUAAAACUCUGGAGAAUUAAUUUGGAAGAUAUAAAUCAAAGUAUCCAGUUACCAGCACUGGCUAAAAGGGUGCCAACCACUGAUAACAGCAACCAAGGAUCAGGUGAAAAGAAGAAAGGUUUUAUGGACAGAAGGAAGACGCUAACCUAUUUAAUAUGUGCUAUUUUUGUCAUAUCUAUUUCUUCCAAUAUUUAUUUUAUAACAAAGAAAAUGCAAGCUGACAUAUACAAGGGUCCUCAGUAUUUUUGCCCAGAUAACUGGAUUGGUUACAAAAACAGAUGCUAUUAUUUCUCUGAGGAAGAAGGAGAUUGGCAUUCAAGUAGCUACAACUGUUCGGCUCUAGGUUCUACACUAACUGCAAUUGACACCACGGAAGAAAUGAAUUUUCUUAUGCGCUACAAAUGCAGUACUGAUCAUUGGAUUGGACUGAUGAGGAAAGAAAAUCAAAUAGGAGAAUGGGUAAAUGGUACUAUAUUUAAUAUCUGGUUUCUUGUGAAAGGGACUGAAAGAUGUGCUUACCUCAGUGACGAUAGUGUGGCGACAGCUAGAUGCUACACAGAAAGAAAAUGGAUUUGCAAGAAAAAUAUGCACCAUUUAAUUUGAUAUUUCUGAUGAUGGACUUACACACCUUUCCUUUUAUUGGCUUCCGAUAGUAGUUGAAAUAAAAACUGAAAUACUUGCAUGGCACGUAAGGCACAUCAUAUUUUCCAGUCAUAUUUCACCUCAAUUUCUCCUUUUCUGACCCCCAGAAACACUAGAUUAAUUAUUUUUUUUGUGUAUAACAUACUAGAUUCAAAGGUUUUUUUUUUCAGAGAGUGUUCCUUUUUUUAUUAGGCCCCCUGGAGUAUUUUCUUAUUCUUCUAUAUAAUGCUACUCACUUCAGAUCUCAAUUCAUUUGUCAAAUGUUUAGAGGAGGAUUACCUGAAUUCAGUGACGAGGUCAGACCACCUCCUUUACAUUUGCGUAAGCACCUUACCAUUUCCUUUUUAUCACUGAUCAAAACAAGGCUGAGGAACUCUUUCUGACUGAAAAAGGUUAAAAAGUCAUGAUAAUUAAACACAGAAAUUGCUUCCACUCUGGAUAUUUUUAUUCUAAAGAACAUUUUUUAUGACUGUCAGUAAACAAAAAGAGUCUGAGACAUAGUUGUUAGUAUUGCAUCAAGGUGAAUGUCCCAAUUUUGGUAACUGUAUUGUGGUUAUGUAGGAGAAGGUCUUUGUAGGGAGUACACACUAAAAUAUCCAGGGGUGAUGGUGCAUCAAUUUGGCAACUUAUUCUCAAUAGUUUCAGAAGAAAAAAAAAAAGUUAUUUGUUCUAGACCUGCCAUCUUUUUAUGAGUCUUUGAUAAUUUCUGAUUUUUUUUUUAAAAAGUGCUCUGUAUAAAAAAAAUUGGUAAAACCUAAAACAAACAACACAUUUAACACUUUUACCCAGAAUAUUCAUUUUUAGGAUUUAUAUCAUCGAAAUAAAAGCACCACUACUUAAGACAAUAUAUUUGGGAUGUUUACUGUAGCAUAAUUUAUAGUAGCAAAGCCUAAAAACAAACACCCAUUAAUAAAGAGGUUAUUACUUCAGUGAAGAUAGUGUGGCAGUAGCUAGAUGCUACACAGAAAGAAAAAUGUGAAAAUUGAUUUGCUAAAAUAUAUAUGUAUAUAUAAGUCCACACUAUUAUGCUACCCUUAGAACUAUAAGACAUUUUCAUAAGAUCCUAAAAGCAGAAAAAUCAAGACACAGAAAAGCAGACAUUAUUUCAUCAUAUUUGUUAUAAAAUAAACAACAACUAAAUUCCAGAUAUAAAAACAUGGACUCACACUGGAUUAUAUUAUGAUAUAAAACAUUUAGAACGGUACAUACUAGAUUAUUAGUGUGAGCUACUCUGAAGCUAAGACCAACAGAAAUGACAGAGGGAAAAGCGAUUUUGGCAUUUAAUUUCAUUUUUAAAGGCUUACUCCUAAAAGAUUAACAAUUAGAAUAUUAUAUCAAAAUCUUUGCUAAUUAUCCCACUAUCGUUUUUUUUUUAAACCCUAAUAUUGGCAAAUCCAUUUGAAAACGCUGCUACAGGUUUCAGAGUAAAUUUUGUUUUCUUUGGUGGCAGCACAGCUGUUCUCUUCAGCUGGUCCCUUUAUGACGAAUCUGCAGGAGAGAAUAAAUGCAUUGUUAAUCAUUGAUGCUAAAGAUGUUCAUUUGUGUUGUUCAGCUAAUACUCUCCCUUAAGUCAAAAAAGUAACCCAAAGUUUCAAAACAUUUCAAAUACCUUGACUCAUUAACCAUUGCAUUAACCAUUAUCUCAGCAAUGUGGCAUUGUAUUCUGUGACUGGCAGAGUCCCAGAAAAUCUGUUCAUGAAUGACAACACUAAGAAUGAAUUUUUCCCCAUAUUCCUGUUCUAGGACUCCUUCCAUUGCUCCCUGUGGUUCAAUUGGAUUAAAAAGUAAGGUUAAGUCUAUACAGACUGCUCACGUAACCUCUGUUGGUCUCAUGUCAAAUUGUGCAAAGGAGAUAAUAAUACCUAACUUAUGAUAUUGUUAUAAAAAUUAAAUUAAUUGAUGUUUUUAAAGAAUUCAAUAUACAAACUGACCCAUGAAAAGGGUAAAGAAAUUAUACUGUCAUUAUAAAAUAUUGUCAUGAUAAAAUAUAUACUAUAACGUAUUAUAAAAUAUCACAUAUGUUAAAUAUAAUAAUAAAGUUAUUCAUGAAAUACUGUA